AACCGACGCAAACCAAACCCAACCCCUCUACUGCAGCGACGAGAUUCUCCCCUCCCCUCCAAUCUCUCCGCUCACUUCUUCGUCUUCUUCUUCUCCUUCGGUUCCAACCCCUCCACCCUCCUCUCUCUCUCUCUCUCCUCCCCCAUGGCCGCUGCCGCCUCCGGGACGCCGCCGGCGAAGAUGCGGGCCGUGCAGUACGACGCCUGCGGCGGGGGAGCCGCCGGGCUCAAGCAUGUUGAAGUUCCGGUCCCUUCAGCGAAGAAGAACGAAGUCCUGUUGAAGCUGGAGGCGACAACCAUCAAUCCAGUUGACUGGAAGAUUCAGAAAGGGGCGUUGCGUCCUCUGGUGCCUCGUAGACUGCCUUUUAUCCCAGUGACCGAUGUUGCAGGAGUAGUUGCUGGUGUGGGUCCUGGAGUGGAGGAGUUCGCAGUGGGUGAUCAAGUAGUUGCUAUGUUGAAUUCUUUGAACGGAGGUGGAUUUGCAGAGUACGCCGUAUCGUCGGCGAGCCUGACCGUCAAGAGGCCGCCCGAGGUCUCGGCCGCGGACGGCGCCGGGCUGCCCGUCGCGGCGGGCACGGCGCUCCAGGCGCUGAGGUCCAUCGGCGCCAGGUUCGACGGCACCGGCGAGCCGCUGAACGUCCUGGUCACCGCCGCGUCGGGCGGCGUGGGCCUCUACGCCGUGCAGCUGGCCAAGCUGGCGAACCUGCACGUCACGGCCACCUGCGGCGCCCGCAACGUGGAACUGGUGCGGAGCCUCGGCGCCGACGAGGUGCUGGACUACCGGACGGCCGAGGGCGCCAGCAUGCGGAGCCCCUCGGGGAGGAAGUACGACGGCGUGGUGCACUGCACCGUGGGCGUCGGGUGGUCGGCGUUCGAGCCGCUGAUUAGCGCCGCCGGGGGGAAGGUGAUCGACAUCACGCCCAACGCCUCCGCCAUGCUCACGUCAGCGCUGCACGCGGUGACGCUGCGGAGGAAGCGGCUGGUGCCGCUGCUGCUGUCGCCCAACAGGGCCGACCUGGAGCUGCUGGUCGCGCUGGUGAGGGACGGGAAGCUGCGGACGGUGGUCGACUCGAGGUUCCCGUUGAGCGACGCCGCCAAGGCGUGGCAGAAGAGCAUCGACGGCCACGCCACCGGCAAGAUCGUCGUUGACAUGGAAGGCUGAUCAUGUAGCAGCAUCUGCUUGCUUGGUUUGGUGAUAUUACGUUUAUUUGUUUUUUUCUCUUCUGCUUUCUUAAUAAUUUGGGAGUUGUAAAUCCUAGGGCAUAGAUCGAGACUACACUAGUUCUAUUGAGUUUUUCAUUGUUACUGUAUACUUUGAAUAUGUACAUUUAAUGACAAUUCAUGAACAAACGAUCUUGUGCUGAUUGUGGAAUCUCUAAAUCAUCACUUGCU